AUGGAUCUAAAGGCUUUCAAGUGGCUUGUUGUGCUGGAGGUCUUGUUCACCGUCGGUGCAGUGUUCGCCGAACAGCAGGACGGGGCCCAGACACCAGAACCGGACGUCCAGUUCAUGACGGACAAGCCAGGAUGGGAGAGGGGCUGGACGCACGAGGCGCUGGAACCGCUUUACAACGCGAGUCUGUACCCCGACGUGGCGGUGUUUCGUGCCCGUGUACGACUGCCCUCCGCGCUGGGUAUCGCCAACCAGCUCAGGAAGUACCACCUGAACUCCACCCGGAUUAAGAGGGGCACUGCAGUGGUGGUGGUGCGGAGCGGCAAGGUGCACAGCAUUACGUUUGAGGACUUUGCAUCAGCCUAUAGAAUUAGGCUUGACUCGGUGGUUUCGGAGCUUCAGCGGUACCAGGACGAGGGGCACAUACAGCUGGAGGACACGGUCUUCAUCCUGAACACCCGGGACGUGCCCGUGUGCACGUUGGGCUACUGCCAUGUGCCAGUGUUCUCAGCCAUAAAGGACAUCCGCAACGGCCGGCCGUACAGCGACGAUCUGCUCAUCCCGCUGAUGUCGUACCCCUUUGAGCAGCUAGUCGACUAUCCCCUGGACAAGAAGAUCCUGCAGGGCGCCAUGGCGUCGUACACGGACGAGGCGGUGGGCGCUGAGAGCAGCUGUCGCUCUCUGGUUCACCGAUUCGCCCGCGAGGACUUCAUGGCGCAGUACAUCAAGGUCCUUGACUCGGAGGAGCUGAUGAGCAGCAGUAAGGAGAGGAACGCGGCCAAGGCCGCCCACGUCUCGGGCAUUGCUGCUCGGCCCCCCCCACCCGAGGAGCUGGCUCGCUAUCUGGUGGUCCUGUCAUGCGAUUACCAAACCGCAAAUCCUGGACUGGCGUCGCUGCUGCACACCAAUUCCCUGGUGCUGAAGGGUCGAUCCUACUGGUACGAAUAUUACUACCGGGCGCUGCAGGCCGGUGUGCACUUUCUGGAAUUCGAACCGGGGUCUGCAGCCGAGGAGGUUAAGGACGCACUCCGGCCCUCGUCUCAAGAGAAGGCGCGCAAGAUGAUCGAGGAGGCACAGCAGUUCGCAUACAAGUACCUGUCGCAGCGAUCCAGGGCGCUAUUCUUCGCUAAAGCUAUCUCUGAGUACAACAACUUAUUCGGGGACGGCUACAUGCAGGCGACUGUGGCCGACCUGCCCAAGGAUCGCGGCAUCCAGAUGCGGGACAUCCUAGCGAUGAAGAUGUACCCCAGCAGCUGGCGCCAGGGGUUGGCCUAG